AUGCCAGUCCACGCUCGCCGUGUGGACAGGAAGGAGGAGCAGGAGCGAGAACGCACCCAGGAAGAGUGGACCCAGCGCAGGCCCCCUCCCCACCCGAGCGCUGCUGCUGCUGCUGCUUCUGCUGCUGCUGCUGACCAAGGCCAGGCGCACCUCCCGUCUAUGGCCGGCGGCCAGCAGCCGCCACCGCAGAGUCUGCUCUACUCUCAGCCCGGGGGCUUCACGGUGAACGGCAUGCUGAGCGCACCCCCGGGGCCCGGAGGCGGCGGUGGCGCCGGCGGCGGUGGCCAGAGCCUCGUGCAUCCCGGGCUGGUGCGUGGGGACACGCCCGAGCUGGCCGAGCAUCAUCAUCACCACCACCACCACGCGCACCCGCACCCGCCGCACCCGCACCACGCGCAGGGGCCCCCGCACCAUGGCGGCGGCGGUGGGGCCGGGCCCGGACUCAACAGCCACGACCCGCACUCGGACGAGGACACGCCAACCUCGGACGAUCUGGAGCAGUUCGCCAAACAGUUCAAGCAGCGGCGCAUUAAGCUGGGGUUCACGCAGGCCGACGUGGGGCUGGCUCUGGGCACGCUGUACGGCAACGUGUUCUCGCAGACCACCAUCUGCCGCUUCGAGGCCCUGCAGCUGAGCUUCAAGAACAUGUGCAAGCUCAAGCCGCUGCUGAACAAGUGGCUGGAGGAGGCGGACUCGAGCACUGGCAGCCCCACGAGCAUCGACAAGAUUGCAGCGCAGGGCCGCAAGCGGAAGAAGCGGACCUCCAUCGAGGUGAGCGUCAAGGGCGCGCUCGAGAGCCAUUUCCUCAAGUGCCCCAAACCCUCGGCGCAGGAGAUCACCAACCUAGCCGACAGCCUGCAGCUCGAGAAAGAGGUGGUGCGGGUCUGGUUCUGCAACCGACGCCAAAAGGAGAAGCGCAUGACACCACCGGGGAUCCAACAGCAGACGCCCGACGAUGUCUACUCGCAGGUCGGCACCGUGAGCGCCGACACUCCGCCGCCGCACCAUGGGCUACAGACGAGCGUUCAGUGA